UCGCGUCGGGGUUCAACAAACUGGGGAUUCGUUAUAUUCGGGAUAUUUCUCUUUUCGUGUUCGUGUUAUCGAUAACCGGUGUGGAAACCUCUCUUAUAUCGAACAUCACCCGAUCUUCGAUGAUGCUGCUAGUCGCCGUGGGCUUUGUACUCAUCCUGCUGGUGGUAUUUCUUAUCGUUAUCAUCGCCUACACGCAGAGCUCGGUGUUGCUUGUGGUGUGAGCGGUGUGGUGAUAUGGUCGGCCAUCCGGUCCGCGCUGGCUCGCGCAUGGCCCGCUGGGAGAUGGCCGUUGGGACGGCUCUCUGCGACGAAGAGCUCGUUUGUGCAAGAACGUCAUGAUGAUGAUGAUGAUGUGUGAUGUCGAUACUCGUUGUGGUUAGGUGUUGUGUGGUUUUUGUACGUGUCAAAAUGUGAAUUUCGUGUAGUGCAUGAAUGACGAUCUGCGUGCGUCAAGUUUUGGAAUGUUCAGAAUGUGACCGUAUGUUCAUCAGCAGCCCCGAUGGCCCGAAGAACGGGACAUUCAGUGCCCCUCACAUGGAAAAUCCAUUGGGGCACUCCCGCCAGUGCAUCUACACAUUCAUCGCCCAGGACAACGAGAGGGUGGACAUCAACUUUACACGCUUCAGGGUGCGGGGGGCACCUCCCGAUCGCUGUACCCGAGAAUACGUGGACCUGUACACGGAGGUUGAGGAUCCAAGCAGUGAGCUGAUCAGCACGCCUUUCGGUGGCCGCUAUUGUGGCCGUGUGUUUCCCCGACGCCGGAUCUCCAUGCACAAGACUCUGGUCAUCGGAUUCUACACCGACUACGAGAAUGACACGGCGGACGUCUUCCAGGGAACUUACUCCUUCAUCAACGCAGCUCGGUUUCAGGUGGGGACACCGGAACCCGGAGCCGUGUGCAAGUUUACGAUUCACGGCGACGAGAAGCGGGAGGGCGAUUUUUUUUCUCCCACGUACCCUGGGGUGUACCCCAAGAACCUCCAGUGCCGGUACAGGUUCUUGGGCAGCAAAGGACAGCGGGUGCGACUUGAAUUUCUAGACUUCGACCUCUUCUACGGUGGUUCUCAUUGUCCCUUUGACCUUGUGAAAAUCUACGACGGCAACACGACCCGAGACCCUCUGAUCGGUACCUACUGCGGACAGCAGCGCAACCUGGUAGUCUACUCGUCGGCCGAGACGCUGUACGUCGAGUUUACGACGCUGCAGCGCAUGGCCGACAGCCAGAACCGGGGCUUUGCCGGUUGGUUCGAGUUCAGCGAAAAGUUCGUCAACCUCGAUUUUAUCAAGAAAAACGAUGGAGAGCACAUUCGUGGCACAGAGUGCGACCAGAAAAUUCUGAGCCGCAAGGAGUCGAACGGCACGGUGUACUCGCCAAACUGGCCCCUUCCCUAUCAGGCAAACAUCGUGUGCCGCUACUAUAUCUACGGCAUGGAGGAUGCCCAGCAUCUGGAGAGAGUCAGGCUGGACUUUGACAAGUUUCACAUGGAAGACCACAAGGCGGACGAGAUGCCCGAGUGUCAGGACGCCUACCUCAAACUGUACAUGCAGGGUCAGGAAGAGAGGCAAGCCGUGGACGAGUUCGACCACGCGUUCUGCGGUAACCAGGCACCCCCCGCCCUGAUCUCCGAAGGCCCGCGUCUGGUGAUGGUGUUCUCGAGUGGCCAGACCAAAGGCACGGGAUUCCGCGCCCGCUACUCGUUCGAGACCGACUACAAGGUACCUGGAACGCCCUCGCCCAACAACACCUGCCACUUCUGGUACCUGAGCGAGUCCCAAGCGACCGGGGACUUCAACUCACCCCGGUAUCCUGCCAACUACCCGUCGAGCACACGCUGCGAGUACAUCUUCCUCGGGGGUGUCGGCGAGCAGGUCAAGAUCGUCUUCAACUACUUCAAGACCAAGGCCGAACUCGCCUACCACGGCUACAACGAGGCGUGCGUUGAAGACUGGCUGGAAAUCUACGAAGUGUCCAUGAAGGGCGAGGCGAGCAAAGUCGGUCGCUACUGCGCCAGGACGGCCCCGGGUCCCAUCGUCUCCGACACGGGCAUCAACAUGAUGAAAGUCAUUCUACACACGGACAACGUCGGUGUCGCGGGGGGAUUCAGUGCCACCUACUACUUCCUCAAGGACGUCAACAAGUUUGGAGAUUGCGGUGGUAACAUUACGGGUGUGGAGAACGGAGUCCUGACAAGUCCAGGCUACCCCGAGAAGUACAAGAAUGAUCGACAGAUGUGCAACUGGUACAUAACGGUGCGGCCUGGCAGAAGAGUCUUGCUCCUCUUCACAUUGUUCAGCGUAGAAGGUGAUCCCGGAGAACGUGGAUGCCCAAGCGCUGUGGUUCGCGUCUGGAAGGACGUCUCGGACGCUCCCCUCGAACUCUGCGGCGAGGCGCUGAGCAACGACACCAAGGAAGUGCUGUCGACCUCCAAUAUCUUGAAGCUAUCGUUUAUGACAGCUCAAAAGGCUGUUGGCAACGGAGGAUUCCGAGCUGUCUGGACAGAAACCAGAGAAGAUGCCAACUGUCAAGACCUUCGUUGCGCGGUGAACGGUUACUGCAUCUCCCCGAAGCUUCGAUGCAACGAUCUACCGAAUUGUGGAGAUGGUGACAACUCAGACGAAAGCAAUUGCAUACGCAGUCCAGAACUGAACUUGCCCCUCAUCGUGGGCGCCUCCGCGGGGUCGGGCCUGGUCGCCCUCAUCGGCAUCUGCCUGGCGUGCCGCCGCCGUCACCGUCGAGGUCGUCGGCGACGUCGCUGUCGGGGAGGGCUGGACCGUCCUCUGCAGCCUCCUCCUCAACCUCCUCGUGAAGUGCCCUCCAUGCACUUCGUAUCCAUGGACACUGUGUGACUAGAGACCACCGUGUAAGAGGGUCGGGGUUGUGUCCGCUUGCUCUGCGAGGUCCUUGCCGAAGCCCUCCGGAACAAAGCUUCUCCGCAUCGCAGGUCGUUCCGAACGUUGUCCAUGUCAGCGCAGAUCACGAUGCCAGAUAACGAGUAUUUGAUAAGUCCCCGUUCAGCACUGCAGUUCCACGUAUGGAAUAAUAUUCCGUCCUCCAGUAAGUCUUGUCUCAGUUGUUGUGAACCUCGUGUUCCUACGCAAAUAAUACAGUCUUGCGCUGGUGAUGCCAUGUAGGAAAAACGUCGUUUCAUACUCCAGCUGAUACGGUCGCUGCGUUAUGUUAACAGAUUUUGUGAGAUAAUGGCACGUUAACAUUGUUACUGUUGCAUCACGCUCUGGGACUUAUGCUUGGAUAUCCAAGUAAAUUCGGACGAAAUUCCUUUUCACGUUUAUUAUUAUUAUUUUUUACAUUUUUAUAAGGUUCGUUCUAUAAGGUUGAUGAUUCGUUGCGUAGUUUUAUUAGUUAUUCACAUUCACAUAAUGACGUGAAGUAUAAUUUGGUGUCCGUGUUUGAGGCUAACCGCAGGAAGCACCCAAGGGGCACCACAGGAAAAUGUCAGGAGGUGCUCUGAGGAAAUUGUGCCUCUGGCCGGUUGUUUCAGUCACGGAACCCUGAUGUAAACCUAGUGUACUUACUUUUUAAGGCAACCCUUUGGAACAGGAUCAGAAUACUUCAACCCGAACCUAUUAUCGCUCCACAUGGACUCCCAGCGUAAAAAAAAACGACCUACGAUGCUUCGAGAAGCGAUGAUCCAUUUUCAUCCCCCACUUCGAACCUCCGGAGCAAACGAGUGAAGAAAGUCAUCGUAGAUGCCAAAAUCUCGUUGGUGCUGUAAUAUACACACCUGGCACUGGUGAGAGACAAAGGCAAAAACCUUCAUCUUAUAACACGACUUUGCUUUCACCAGUGUCUGUGUCGUUUUUUUUUGUUUUUUUUGUUUUUUUUUUUUGUCCCGCGCAAACACUGGAGGAAAAUCGUAUAUACUGAAUUCAUCGUAUAGCUAUAAACCAUUUCGCGUUUCUGCUGGUCGUGUAACUUUGUACAUAAAAAAAAAAUACGCGUCCGUACAGAAUUUUUAUGUUUAUCUGCCACCUUAAAGGCGCUUCAGACGUCACCGGGUUAAAAUGUCCAUCGAGGGAAACAAACGUACGAGAUAUACCUGCCUGUCUUGUUGGAUAAUCUCCCACUUUUAAUUUUCGUACAUAUACAGGGUAUUUCUUUUUUUUUUUUACCCAUAUUAAAAAGGUAUGAGACCAGCUGGAUGUCGUUCCUGUAGAUGUCAUUUACACGGCCAUGCGGACCUUCUCUCGGAGAGUAUGUAACUACAAGAUGAUUCGUCAUUACCUAAAAUUCAUUAGUUAACUUUUUUUAAUUAAGGGAUUUCGCGCAAAAGCGAGAUUGCAGAAUGGGAGACAAUUCUCGGUGAAAUCCAUGCGGUCCUCUUAAAAUCCUGAACGAGCGCGUGCUGUGAAAUAAUCAUCGCCGAAUUUCGGUAUGCGAAUAAGAUGAAACCAAACCUGGGCGCCUCAGGGGCGCAUGACCUUCGCUGACGGAGGCAUAUCUGGGCCGCAGAGCGGUAAAGAUAACAGAAGGGGUAACUUGAGUAGAUUUACACGUAACUACACGUAGCCGUGUCAUACCCCUAAACACGCGGGCUAACUUUGCGGUAGGAGUCCUUUUCUGCUUUGAAGGACACCUUGCUGAUUGAUUGAUUCAUUCAUUGAUUGAUUAAGGUUUUAUUUCGCCACUGGUGCCUUGCAAACGGCUAAAAUAUAGUCUAACGGGCAGUGCACCUUUCAGGAUUAGAAACAACAACAGUGGUAGCAGAACGGUAAAAGAAAAAUGAACGCAUGAAAAAAAAAUGCAUGCAUAUCAUAAAUUAACAACACAAUACACGGCUGCACUUAUACUUGAAAUACAUAGAAUUAGAGAAGAAAUCAAUAUCAGGAGAGUCAAUAGCAUUAAAAGACAACAUGGAAUGAUGCCUACUAGACCGUCACGAGUAACGAAAGCAAGUAGUAGAUACUAGAUGUGGGCAGUUAAAAAUGCCAUUGAUACAUUUAUAUAAAAAUAAUAGAGAGCGUCUAGAUUUCAAUGUCAAAUGCUCCAACGUAUGCUGAAAGGAGGUCGCACCGGUGACGCACGACAGCGUCCAUUUCCCUUUCGGUCCGUAGCGCCCUCUGAAAUGUGUCUCGAGAGCACUGUACUCACGAACCUUCGUGAGGUCUUCAUAAAACUGGAAUCAUUAAAUUAGCUGCAAAAUGCUUUCGAGCAUUAUCCGUUAAAUAAUUAAAAUCUACACGUCACGCAUGUUUAUUUUAAAUCGUCGUGGUCUAAUAAUCGUCGGCUGGUUCUGUGUUCGAGGCUAUACGCCUUUUCGCCCGUAAAUGAGAUAAGCAAUCUCCUCUUCCGCAAAGGCCCGCUUGCGAAAGGCAGGAUCUCCUUUAUCGCGUGCCAUGGGAAGCGAACGCCGUUCCGAAGAGUGUCCUUCUCUGUAAAGGCCUUUAGGAUACCCGUGUGUCAGGGGUAUCACCCUGUUCCGCAAAGCGGUUAAUCUGAGGAGCAGAUCGGCACCUACUCCAAUCAUCUCCAUCGCUCCAAAGCACGUGACCCUCUGACGUGGAAUGAGCGCUGUCCUCCCUGCGCUCCCGAUCGGCGCGGUUUGGGUUUCGGCUCAUUUGCACAGCAAAAUGCGGCGGUGACUUUUUCUAUGUACGUGAGCGUUUUGGGAUAUCAAAACAAAAAACAAAAAAUGGAAUAGCUAUCAACAAGGAUUGUCUCCUAUUCUUCUAUAAUGCUUUUGCCCGAAAGUUAACUAAUGGAUUUUAAGUAAUUAUAGUCGUCUUGCAGUUAUAUGCUCUGUCCGCAGGGAUGUCCUAGCGGCCGUAUAACUCAACUGCAAAAACGACAUCUAUGCUGCUCUCAUGGCUUUUUAUAAAAAUCUGUACGGGAUAUAACAAAAACUGUAUAUAUAUAUACAUAUAUUACACCAAGGCAGCGCCACCUAGACAGAGAAAGCCUGCGUUCCUUCGCCACGUGGACGUGCAGAGUCGGCAUGUCGUCUGCGUAAGUCAAUCGUUUCGCCGCAGACGACAGAGGCUUCCUGUGGCUACCAGCGGCUGUCCAUGUGGCUAAUGGCUACUCGUCUUUGUUGCUAUGGCCGCCGAAAGCACGUCGAGAUUGGUGGACUUUACCUCUCUUUAUGUAGGCGGCGUUGCCUAAGAAUACGAAAAUAUUUCAAUACAACACAGGCCCAUAACGGGAGGCUAUGAAAAGCCCACAGACGCAUGCUUGCAGACCAACGCUUUGUUCCUUUCGUCAGGUGGCGAGGUUAAGGUUCCUGUAGGUAGGGCCGUAGCCAUAUAUGACCGGGUAUGCUUUGAAAGCGUUGAGUCCGAUUCGACCCUCUCUGGCACUGUCCCUCGUAUAUUCUGGAAUCUGCUCAUAAUUUUAGAAGUCUGUGUAGUAUAUACAGCCAUAAAAACACGUCCCUCAAAAGCGUUCGGCUUUUCUUGGAUGCCUUCUCUUCUACGAACUGGAACUGGAAACUGGAGAUUUCUUUCUUGAUUUGAGCUACUUUGGGGACGGCUAGUAUCACAUCGUCCUUUGUCGAAGACAGGAACACAGCUAGUUCUAUUUUUGCGCUCGGGUACCAGCUCGCAACCACGACCUACUCCUACGUAGAUAGAGAUCUGGACGUGCGCAAAGCUCCAAGUACCGUUGUAGUAAUUCCGGUGUUCGCACUGUUCUCUAUCACUUACUUUACCACUGCGUUAACCACCAAGACGAGGGUUGCGUGUGCGUUGCAAGCAGCACGCUAUGGUGGAGUAUAGAAAGGUGGCGCUGGUGGUGGUACUGCUGAAAGAGGGCGCCGUUGUCGGCCUCACAGAUGUGGACAGCGUCACAACUAGCGUGCGACUUGGGCCGACUUCUUGGGGAGCUGUGCUGACAUAUGUCUGACAGCGUCUGAAGAAAACCCAGGAAAGACCCCAGACAGCACAGCCCGCACCGGGGUUCGAACCCGGGUACCUUCCAGUCCCGACAUGAAAUGGUUCUAUUUCUACAGUUGCCGUAAGCCCAGGUCUCUACCGGUAGUAGUAGGUCGUGCUCAUAACUCCCCAAAAUGCAUUAGUUAACAUUAAUUCCUUUCCUAUUUCUUUUCAUGAAAUGUCGCACUAGCGAGAAAGAAAUGUUACCUACGUACAAGUCACAUGAUACUGGAAAUUACAAAAUUUUCUAAAACCACGUGCGUUAUUCAUUCACAUAGUUCCCCAUGUUGCCGGGAGCAGUCCUCAAAAUAAACCUAUUUGCUCAGGAGCAGCUCACACUAUGCUACUAUAGCCCUUCCAAGCUCGCAUUACCCGCGAGCUCGAAUUAACGAUAUGUCUAUUCGUAGUUCUCGAGGUGCCAAACAUUUUUUUUUACUCUAUGGUUUCCUACCGAAUAUGCAAUACAUACAUCUUUGGCGAACCAACACAUGCAGUGUAAGCCCGAAUGAUAUGUCUUUGAUAAUAUGAGAUUGUGGGACGAAUGGUAGUUUGUGGUAUUUAUGCCUUUUCUCUCCCCAACAUUGACUUCAUGACAAAUUAAUCAGUUUUUACUGUCUGGCAAAUGUUUGUCUUUAUUUAGGCAUCUGCUAUUGUGCACAUUGUCUUUGUGUAGUAGUAGAGUAAUUAUUAUUGUGUUUAAAUAUGGAUGAAUUGGUAAACGUUUUUAGUUAUCAAACUAUUAUUAAAUACAACAAUAAUAAUCGAGAAGCGUGUCAAGCAACAACUAAAAAUAGUUAAAAAGCACUAUUCAAAGUUAGCAAUGGGACAUUAAUGAUUUCUGUUUUUAUUUGUCAAAACUUUGCGUGCGAUCAACUGUACAUCUUAAUUUUUUCACGUAUAUGCUUGCCUGACCGUCUGCAAUAGCUAAUUAGGAACUCUGAUUGCGAACUGCUAUAAAUUUCCUAUAAAUUACCACUAUUGAUUUACCGAAGCAUGUGGAAUAUUGUUUUCCAACUGCGAAAAACUUUUUCCGAAGGCAGGUGUUAGUUGAUCUUGUGGCACCUUCUUGUGGAAAUGAGAUAGAUGGGUAUGACGAGAACUUUUAGCUCUGGAAGUGGGAGAAGCCAGUGUCUGUUUUCGAAGCAGUGAAGGCUGACAGUAAGGUGGUGGUGUUCUUCGGCGUUGAUGAUGAUGACCGUGCAUUUUGAACGUUAAUGUGUGUUGCAUGUGUCCUUUUCUUUCUCUUUCAAGGACACGGUGAGCACGUUGAAAAGAAGUGAUCCUUCUGAGUGUGUUGAACGAAUGUUUUAACUUUUCCCGCAAUCGUUCUCAAGAUAAGGCUGGAUUUCUUCUUCGUCCUUGCCCUUUUCAACACCGUUCUGUACUUUGAUUAUGCACUGUGUACGUAUUGUAUUGUGUUGCGUAUCUCCGCAACUGGUCUUAAUGAUGCAAGAAGGUGAAGAGCGUGUUGAUCUUACUUCGGCCUGAUUGUUUUCUGGCCAAAUACCAUUCGCAACUUCGGAUUGUAAAAGUCGGGUGAUAGUCCUCAGUCGUGAUUCGUGGUCACGUCAGGCAGUAAUUACGCAUUCGUGUGUAAUCGGAUCAUAGUAAGCUAUUACGCUUCCGGUCAGCGUAGCACAAUAGACCGCACAUGCUAUGUGUGCAUGUAUUGGAAUCUUCAUGCGUGGUAUAUGUGUACAGGUUUUGCUCUGCAACUUGUGCUGUACUUGCACUUGCACAAUGUUGUACAGUGACAGCAGGACUUGCCAGGUACACGAAUGUUACAGUGCUUUUGUGCUUCUUUUUGUUGUUGCAAAAUUGCGCACUGAGAACGUUACGUAAUAUGGCUUUAAAAACUACGGCUUUGCUCUCCUCGGGCCAAAAUCGACUUGACGUUUUAAUACGAGAAGGAAUCGCGUUUCACGUGAAAGAAGUGAGACCUUAGCUGUGAGGUGUGAACACGGGCAGUUUCUAUAUACGUGCAAAACUGCUCCAAUUAGUAUUCGUAGAUAAAAAAAGUAAAUGACAGGCCCGCGAGAUAAGGUCAAAAGAGUCACGAUUAAACGGUUAGAAGCACGAAUAAUUGAAUUACAAGACUUUCGGUGCUGCAGUCUGCACUUCUUCAGGUAACGAACCCCCCCCCCUCUUAUUUUUUUUAAUAAUCAUGAUGUUAAUCCUUUAUAUAAAUUCUCGCUGUACCAUGUAUUUUUUGUACGUGAAGCAGUGCAGACUACUGCACGAAAGUCUCGUAAUAAAAAAAUAAUAAUGGUACCAUGAUGUUACACGUGCGGUUUGUCUGCGCAGUGUGGCGACGGCGUGUGGGUUUUGACGCGCGCCGGAAAUCUCCUACACACGGCGCUGGAAGUAAUGUUUACCACAUUGUUUUUUACCACCGAUGUUUACCACAUUGCUACCGCACUCGGGCGGGAUCGAUCGAACCCGCGAUCUUGAGCUCAGCAAGAGCCAGCACAUUACCGAUUGAGCUACCGAGAAUUUUUUUUUCUUCUCCACCUUUUAUUAACAAAACACACAAGUACAGGUACGUCACAAGGUUGCAACGCCGAGGGCCAUUACAAAACGUCUAAAGAGAAAACUGAAUACCUUUUGAAUUUGUACAUAACGAUUUUACAAGUACGUAAGGGCAUCAGAUAAUGUUUCUAACCGAUCUGGCAGCUCAGGCACAGCUUAAGUUGAGAUAUUUCUAUCUUAAAGUAUUUCAUAGGAGGCAUUAACGGUUCUUCGUUCCUGAGCUACCGAGAACGGUCGCGAAAGUCUGGUAAUUAAAUUAUUCAUACUUGUAACCUGUGAACCGUCAUUCUUUUUACCAAUUAUUAUCAUUAUUAUUAUUAUACGAGCAGUUUUGUUUCAGAAAAAUUCCUAAUCUUCUAAUGUAGCACCUGUUGUGUCGGCGAUGGGGGGGGGGGGGCGAGUAAAGGCGACCGCCUUAGGCCCCGCGCUUGCAUAGGCCCCGCGCUUGCAUAGGCCCCGCGCACGAAGCCCUCAAUCAGGGAUUACUCUUUUUUUUUUAAAUAUCAAGUAUGCACUUAAUCGUGUGAAACAGGCCCCGCGAUGUGCCUUCGCCUUAGGCCCCGCACACCCCCUAGCACCGGCCCUGGUUCAGAGUGUCACUUGUAACACAUGGGAGGAUGGUUGAAAGGACGAAGCGCUCAGGUAUGCAUGUUUCAAGGACGUUUUGUGAUAGAAACUUGAUGCGGUCAUGAAACAUCGGAUGGCUGUCUCGAUAAUUCCAGUCCGCAGGGAGAUUCUCUAGGAACUACUCGUUUUGUUAUAAUCUUUGGCACUUCCUCGUCCUGGUGGGCACCGUCAUGGGCCCUCCUGCUUUUCCUCCUCUCUCUCUCUCUCUCUCUUUCUCGUGUAGACACUGGGAGAUAAAUAUGUCUGGCAACCGUAUAGUGUUUGAAGUGUUUGAACUUUCGCUAUAGGCGGGGCGGUACGGACGUGAAAAGAUGGUGUCAGCACAGCAAGGAUCGCAGUGUGUACAGCUCCCCGUCUUAUUUUCCUGCCGUGGCGCCAUCUAUUUCGCGCUGUUUGCUCCCCAGUGUUGCCGCCAUUGCAAGCAAAGCCCUCGUAUGUGUGAAGUAUAUCUACAAGCCGCUCAAAAAGGGAGUCAAUAUAAAUUGCCCUUCUUGCAGCCCGUUACUGGAUGCAGUUUGCGAAAGUGGAGAGAAUGAAUGAGUUGUGAAUGUUGUUAAUUAGUUAUUGUGGCACUGUUACACCGUCGGUUAUAGGGACUGUUACAUAAUACGUACAUGAACGUGUAGUUGUUUGCGAAAAAAAAAAAAACUUCCUUUUGUUAUUGCUGGUUUGUUUGUAAGAAAUCAUUGCCGAAAGCAGCGCGUACUGUCGGGUUUUUGAAGCCCGGUAAUUCUUGUACCAAUUUGAACUUGAGUAAAAACGAUCGAUUUGGAA